AUGGCCGGCGACCAUCCCGCAAAGCGCCUCAAACUAAGUUCCGGUGCCGCAGUAGAAAACAACAACCACGAAUCCGCAGAACGGGACCCCCAAAUCCCAGGGCUGGCAUCACUCCGCCGAUCCAUCACGCCCCCAUCUCCACCCCAAAGGAGAUCCCAAUCGCAGUCUGUCCCGCCUCCUCAGCCUGCAGGAGAACGAGAAAGCAAUCCAAAACAGCGGGUAAUACCCUCCCCGUUCCAGUUAACCCACAUCCGCGAUCUCGCCGCGUCCUCAGGGAACAAUGUGGACGUGGUGCGGUUGCGAGAUAUCCUCGGGGAUCCGAUGAUCCGCGAAUGCUGGCAGUUUAACUACCUGCACGAUGUGGAUUUCAUCAUGAGCCAGUUUGACGAGGAUGUGAGGCGCUUGGUGAAGGUGAAGGUUGUGCAUGGGUCUUGGAAAAGGGAUGCGCCGAACCGGGUGCGGAUUGAUGAAGCGUGUUCGCGAUACCCCAACGUGGAGGCUAUUGUGGCUUACAUGCCGGAGGCCUUUGGCACGCAUCAUUCGAAGAUGAUGGUUCUACUGAGACAUGAUGAUCUGGCGCAGGUUGUCAUUCAUACUGCGAAUAUGAUCCCCGGGGACUGGGCUAAUAUGUCUCAGGCGGUCUGGAGGUCGCCUCUGCUGCCGCUGCGAACGACAGAUGGUCUGGAAGAAGACCUAGCCCUGGGCAGCGGUGCACGGUUUAAAAGAGACCUGCUGGCAUACCUGCGUGAGUAUGGGCCUAAAAAGACAGGUCCGCUGGUCGAACAGCUUCGGAAGUACGGUUUUGGAGCUAUUCGGGCCGCCCUGGUGGCUAGUGUGCCGUCGAAGCAGAAGAUCAACGGUCUCAACUCGCAGAAGCAGACUCUAUGGGGUUGGCCUGCGUUGAAGGAUAUCACACACCACAUCCCUCCGGCUCAGGAGAACAGGGAAGCUCCUACACCGCAUAUUGUUACUCAGAUAUCCUCCGUUGCUACACUUGGACAGACAGAUAAGUGGCUGACAGAUGUCCUGUUUGCAUCCCUUUCGCCUGUCUCAGCAUCUACCCGACAACCCAAGUACUCCAUCAUUUUCCCUACAGCCGAUGAAAUCCGCCGUUCCCUGAACGGCUACGGCUCUGGUGGGUCAAUCCACAUGAAACUCCAGAGCGCAGCGCAGCAAAAACAACUGCAGUAUAUGCGGCCGUACCUUCGGCACUGGGCGGGUGAUCAUGACGCGGCAGAGCCGAGUCCUACAUCCAAAGAAGACGCCGGCCGUCGUCGAGCUGCGCCACAUAUCAAAACAUAUAUUCGGUUCUCGGAUGCAGAGAAAAUGGACACCAUUGACUGGGCAAUGGUCACCUCAGCGAAUCUCUCUACACAGGCAUGGGGCGCAGCCAUCAACGCUUCAGGGGAGGUAAGGAUCUGCAGCUGGGAGAUAGGGGUCAUCGUAUGGCCGCAACUAUACGUCAAAGACGCCGAGUCCGCCACCAUGGUCCCCAGUUUCAAACGAGACACUCCCGAAACUCUCGAAAACAAAGACAGCGCACAAACAACAGACACAGUAAUCGGCCUGCGCAUGCCCUACGACCUCCCCCUGACGCCCUACACAGCCCACGACACACCCUGGUGCGCAACAGCGCAACACUCUGAACCAGACUGGCUCGGCCAAACGUGGACACUCGACUAG